CGUCGUCUCUCUGGCGAGAAUGCGAGAUAUCAAGUUAUUUGAACUGUUUUAUUUUGUUAGUUUGUUUUGUAUGUGGCUGUAUGGACUAUACUCCCGUUGCCCAUCCAACAAACAUAAAAAAGUACAUAAUGUCAAAUACAUAAAAAUGCUUGGAUUUUUUAAUUUUUGUUUACAUGCAAUUUGGAAGCAAUUAAACAUUUAAAUACAUCACUUGGCAUAUUGAAUUAUGAAGUGUGAAGUUCUCAAAUAAAAUGGCACCAGGGAAAAAAGGCAGCGUGCACGGCAAGCGUUCAAAACAUCACGCUCCACGAGACUACGCGGAGACAUUAAAUGAUUUAACUAUCAAAUCUUCAUCGGACGACACUGAUGCAAGCAGUUCUGAUGAUGAAGGAAUCAAAGCUACAUUUUCAGUAAGCAUGUGGGAUCUGAAUCAUUGCGAUCCCAAAAAAUGUUCGGGCCGUAAAUUAUUAAGGCAUAACCUCAUAAAAAACUUGAAACUUGGGCACAGAUUUCAAGGUUUAGUGUUGUCACCCGUAGGUACUCAGUGUGUGAGUCCCAACGAUAAGAACAUUAUAGAAACAUUUGGGUUAGCGGUCAUUGACUGUUCAUGGGCAAAAAUUGAUGAGACGCCGUUCAGCAGAAUGAAGUCACCACAUCCGAGGCUAUUACCGUUCCUCGUUGCGGCGAACCCUAUAAAUUACGGAAAGCCAUACCAAUUGAGUUGUGUAGAAGCACUGGCAGCUGCCAUGUUCAUAACUGGACAUAAAAGUGAAGCAAAAUUCUAUUUAUCAAAGUUCUCAUGGGGUCAUUCGUUUUUAGAGUUGAAUUCUGAUGCAUUAGAUCUAUAUGCAGUGUGCACUGACAGUAAAAGUGUUUUAGAGGCGCAAGCGACAUUUUUGGAAUCUGUGAAAAAUGAACAAGAUGAUAGGCCGAUGUGGCCGCCAAGUGAAUCAGACAGUGCGUCAGAUAGCUGAUACUUCGGAUGUUUCUUGUGUUCUAGCUAUUACAACUAAGUUAUAUUGUGAAUAAAAAAAACGAAAUUUCCUACUUCUUUGUUAUUUAUAACUAUAUAAUUCGUGUUAGUAUAUAUUUUGAAAGGUCAUUGAUAUCAAUUGUAUGUUGGUCACAAAUAGAUUUCUUCUUAAUACUUGA